GCGAGCUACGUUAACCGGAAGCGCCUAGCCAGUGCAUACACAAGCCGGGAAGACUUCAGAAGAGUGCUAAUGAUUAUUACGGCUGUUGACAGAAAGAGGUGAAUGUUACAAAUGGCUAUUUCAAUAGCUGUUUUAGACUGUGAUCUUCUCCUUUAUGGUCGUGGACACAGGACACUUGACAGGUUUGACAUUGAAACAGUUUCUGACGAUUUUCUCUUGGGUACCUUUGGCUUUCCGCGAGAAUUUAUCUACUAUUUGGUGGAGAUGCUAAGUGAGACUUUGUCCCGCCCAACACAGAGAUCAAGAGCAAUAAGCCCAGAGGUUCAAAUCCUUGCAGCUCUGGGUUUCUACACAUCUGGAUCAUUCCAGACCAGAAUGGGAGAUGCUAUUGGCAUUAGCCAGGCAUCGAUGAGCAGAUGUGUCACAAGUGUCACUAAAGCCUUGGUAGAGAAGGCAUCCGAGUUUAUCGUCAUGUCCAGGGAUGAGGCCACCAUUCAGCAGAUUAAGGAAGAAUUCUACCGAGUGGCUGGCAUGCCCAAUGUAUUGGGUGUGGUUGACUGUGUGCAGGUAGCAAUAAAGGCUCCCAAUGCAGAGGAUCUCUCGUAUGUGAACGGGAAAGGGUUUCAUUCUAUCAGCUGCCAGCUAGUGUGUGACUCAAGAGGCCUGUUGCUGAGUGCAGAGACAAACUGGCCAGGUGGUCUGGAGGACAUGCAGGUAUUUCAACAGUCAGCACUGCUUAGAACAUUUGAGGAGGAAGAGAAGAACCAAGCUGGAUGGCUUUUAGGUGACUGCGCCUUCCCUUUAAAGAAGUGGUUGAUGACGCCUGUCCAGUAUCCAGAGACACCUGCUGAGUACCGUUACAACAUUUCGCAUACUGCAACACAUGAAAUUGUGGACCGUGCCUUUCCGGCCAUUCAGACUCGAUUCCGUUGCCUUGAUGGGUCAAAGGGUUGUCUACAGUACUCCCCAGAGAAAUGUGCACAGAUAAUUUUGGCUUGCUGUGUCCUACACAAUGUUUCCUUGCAGACUGGUCUAGAUGCCUGGACCUUUGCAAGGACAGAAAUCCAGGAGCAGCCAGAGGACCCAUCUAGACAGAUGGAAUCUGUGUACUCAGAGGCAUUUAGAAUUCGUCAGGAACUAAUAGCUUAGUCAUUUCUCUU